AUGGAACCGGAUUUCUUCUAUGCGAUGCAAUUGUUGGAUUCGACAGGUGUUUGCAUUGUGCCUGGUAGUGGUUUUGGUCAAAAGAAAGGAACAUACCACUUCCGAACAACAAUUCUUCCGCCGACGGAGUUAAUGAAAGAAAUGGUGGAUCGAUUCAAGUCCUUCCAUACAAAAUUCAUGCAGGAAUAUAAGUAG